GUCGAGUUGCACUUCGAUUUUUUAUGACAAUAAUAUUGUGAUACGAAAAGAAUAUUUUGAAUUAAUAUAAAUGACAUAGAUUUGUUGUUAAAAUGAGGAGCAGUAGUUCGGAACUGCUCCUAGAUCAACAAGAGGAGCUUCGUAGACAAAAAAUUAAGGAAUUAGCAGCCGCUAAAAAAUCAAAAAUAGCAGCUGGCAGAUCAUGCCGAGAACAAGCAAUAUUUUAUUCAACAAGCAUUUUAGCAGUACUAGCAAUGUCCGCUGGAUCAUCUUUAUUGUUUUUGGUACCUCUAUAUGUUGAUCCAGCUAUAUCUACUUUAGCAUCAAAUUUCGUUACUGAGCCUGUCACUUGUAUAACAACGAGAAUAGAAGAACUCACUGGUUUAGCGAAUUGUUCAUGGAGUUCCUGUAGGGAAGGUUGUACUAGUGAUGCUUAUCAUUGUACGCACAUUUACGUCAGUUACAACGAUACAAAGAUACAACCGUAUAAUCAAACAGACGACGCAGUGCUGUUGGUAAAUAUUAAAGGUUGUGGAUAUCCUCCGACGGUUCUGUGCAUGAACUUCACAGAAACGUAUGGAGUAGAGGGUACAGAAUUUCCUUGUUAUCAUUCCCGAGAGAAUCGUACCGUAGUUUUGACUCAUUACGAAAGGGACGAACAAAUAGCAAUUAUAAUCCAUUAUUUCGCCGUACCAUUUGUAAUAACGUUGGCCACAUCUGUGGCUUUGUGCGUUAUGCACUGCGACUGCCGAUGUCAUCCUACUACCCAUCACAAGCGACCCAGACGUCCUCGCAUUCAAGACCUCAGCGACGGUUCCAUAAAUAUUGGUGUUGACCUACGACACAACACUAGUUACCAUUCUGACCUAGUAGCCAUUAGGCCAACGUAAAACCAGAAGGGGAACGGAUUCACAAAUAGGAUUUUCUUACAUACUUACAUACCGCAUGUAAAGGAACACAACUGUGUUUUAUUAGAUAAUGGUUGCAUAAACGGAAGCAAG